UUUAUGGACAUUUCUGCCUAACGUGAAUCCAUUCCUGGAUGGGUGUCCUCUGUGCUAUUAAACAGAAAAGAUAUUACUAGGCAGUUUGAUCCGAAUACGUUUGGCAUUCCUGUUGCUGUGGUACCAGAUUGAGCAUUCCCAUAUUGCUGUGGUAUGACCCCUCGUGAUCACCUGCAGAAAAUGUCAAUAAUUGGAGAGCAAACAAAUGUAGAAGGGAAACACCUGUACCAGCUCACAGGAUGCAUGUCCACUGCAGAAUUGCGUCAAAGGCAAGAGAUAAUGAUGAGAAACCAGAUGAUGGCAAGCAACCCCCAAGUUGUGGUACCUACCCAACAGAGAAUGCCCUUGUUACAGUCCCAGUUUGAGCACCGUAUGCUAGAGAGAGACUUGUUGCCAUCUGGAGACCUAAUCCUUCCCAAUGACACAAGGCAACUACAUGUGGCAUCUCAAUUUGGUCACUCGCUUCCUGCACAUCCAGGCUUACUCUCCAACAGAGUCUUUUCAAGUCCAGGGUACAGUGUUCUGCAAACAGACCCUAUGGAUUUUGCGGCUAGGAGACAGGAACUGUUGCAGAAACAUAAUAUGAAUAGAAUGGAACUGGAAAUGAAUACCAUGUAUCCGCCCAGAGAGAUUGAUAAAUCACAACGGAAAGGCUUUGCUGAUUUUGAUGCACCAUUUCUUUUCCAUGGGAUUUCAUCAAAUCCAAUGGCAGUCAGAGGAAGGCAGAUGGUUCCAGAAGGUCACCUUCCUUCUGAUGUGUUUGUACAUCGAAAUGCCUUUGAGAGUCUACAUGGACAUGCAAUGUUAAAAACUGCCAGCCCAUACCCUUCCAUGAGCAAUCUACAGAGAGAACGAGCUCGCAGGCCAGGCAGAAGAGCUGCCAAUCAAAAGGCCAUAGACAACCAUAUAAGUGUUUCCAAAAUACAAGCAGAUAAUAAGCCACCUUCCCCACCUGUCCCUACUGAUGAAGAGAAGGAUGAGAAGAAAGAGGAAGAAACUGAGACCAUUUCCAAAUUCGAUCAGGUAAAGACAGAACUACAGUCUGCCUUAGAUAAGAGUACUUCUGAAUUGCAAGAUCCUCAAAAGAAGAGAAACCAGAAUACUCCAAGAGAAAUAGUGAAUGGCAGGAGUGAGAUGGACAAGGGACGGAACAAUCCUGGAAUAGCUUUUGAGGAUAGAUAUAUCUACCAGCCUCCUGUCCACCUCUCAUCUGCUCCAUAUAGUUUUCCAGUUGCCAUGAACUCACCGCUGCUACCAGGCCCCCAAAGUCUCUUUUUAACUAGAGAAGAUUUACCGUCGAUGGAAGACAUUCGCAAAUGGGACUCUCAGGAUGUGUAUAACUUCAUUCUCAAUCUUCCAGGUUGUUCUAGUUAUGCACAGGUCUUUAAAGAUCAUGAUAUUGAUGGAUCAACAUUACCACUGCUCACAGAAGAACAUCUCCUAGACACAAUGGGACUUAAACUUGGACCAGCACUUAAAAUUCGGUCUCAGAUCUCCUGCCGUUUAGGCAACAUUUUUCAUAUGCCAAGCCUGCAAAUGACCAGACCUAUUCCAUCCACUGCACCAGUGGCACCUGAUCAUUCAUCUGAAGUUGUGUCACCACUUCCUUGCGUUAACAACGGUGACAUUGUGCCGAGUCCUGACCCCCAGGACCAAGACGCACUGAAGCUUGCUGAAAUAAUAAUGCCAGAAAAUAAAGAGAAUCCAUGUGAUUUAUCAAUAGGACAAACUGAUUUCCAUCUGAACUUAUUAAAAAGCUGACCAAUUACUUUUAAAAUGUAAAUGGAGGAUUUGGUACUUUUUAAGCUGUAUCAGGUAUUCACUUUAAAUGUGACUGUAACUGGAAUACUAUACUCCACCAUCAAAUGUUGUCUUUGUGAAGCACAUUAUUUAAGCAUUAAUUUCUAUGAUAUAAAUUAAAUAUGUAUAA